CCGUACACCCGCCAUUUGGAUUUUAAAUAAUGAUCUGGUGAUGAAAUCGCUUAAUCAGAGGUCAAACCCCCAUUCAAAUGAACCCAUCGGAUGAAACCAAGGCUUUUUAUCUUGCUGUAUACUCCGUAGUUUCCCAGGUCCCCCCGAGCCAUGUCACCAGCUAUGGUCAUGUAGCCUAUUUGAUCGGUCGGCCGCAAAACUCAAGACAAGUUGGAUCAUCUCUAAAACAUUCAAAGAUGAUCAUAGAUUUAUUGAAUAAAGAAUUACCAAUUGAGGAACAAAUCAGCUUUGCUGAACUACCUUGGUGGAGAAUUGUACUGAGUGUAGGAAAAAUUUCUCCUAGGGGAAACUCCAGUGGUGAAAUGGAUCAAGCAAGAUUGCUUAGAGCUGAAGGAGUACUGGUUCUGUCCAACCACCAUAUCAAUAUGGAGGACUUUGGAUGGUUUCCAGAUCCAGAUGAAAUUACUUUAUAGCUGAAUAUCCAUCUAUCUAUAUAUAUAUUAUUUAAAAUGUUACUUUACAUAAAUAUAAUUAAACGGUCUUUUUAAUUGGUAGAGUUGGAACUGUUUUUCAGAUUCCGCCUAUUAGUCGAUUGUUCAU